AUGAAGUUGUUGGCAGUGAUUCUGUUAGCUCUAGCAGUGGCCGCCUCCGCGAGGCACAUCACGCUUGAAGAUGUAAUCGAAUUAGAAAAGAACACUCCGUACGGUUACAUCAAAGCUAUUGCCAUACCAUUAGCUGAUGAACUCCGUAUUGCUGAAGAGGACGGCAGACAAAAUCCAUCCAGAAUUGUCGGUGGUUCGUUAGCUGCUCUUGGACAAUUUCCGUAUCAGGCCGGUUUAUUGUUACAUCAACCUUAUGGUAAUGGUAUAGCCAGCGCAUCUCUAAUCUCCAAUAACAGAAUAUUGACUGCUGCACACAACUUGAACGAUGGCUGGUCAACUGUCCCGAGUGUGACUGUUGUCCUUGGAUCUACCACUCUAAUGUCUGGUGGUGUAAGAAUAAGUAGUUCCGACUAUAUUUUACACGAAAACUAUGACAUUUCCAUAUUCAGAAGUGACAUUGCUAUCAUCAAUUUACCAUCUCUAGUUCAAUUCUCAAGCAUCCUCGCUCCCAUCGCCCUGCCUUCUGGAUCUCAGAUCGAAGAGGAUUUCGCUGGUGACAUUGCUAUUGCCUCUGGUUUUGGCAAUAAUCCUGGAAUUGGUGGUCUAGUUCCAAACCAGCCGUUUAGCUACGUAGACUUGCCUGUGAUCUCCAACGAUGAAUGCGCUUCAGCUUUUGGGUCAAUUGUUCUGCCUGGAAUUAUUUGCACAGGCAGUGUUGUUGGCAAAAAUAUUUGCACUGGUGACUCUGGUGGUCCUCUUGCUGUACAGAGGAAUGAAAACCCACUCUUGAUCGGCGUUGUUUCGUUCGGACGUGGUGGAUGCGAUGGUGGUUCUCCUUCUGGAUAUGCUAGAGUUUCACACUACAUUGACUGGAUCAAUGAACGUCUGUAA